AUGUCGUCGGGUUUAGCAGCUCGCCAACGACUCCAGGCUCUCAGCAAGCAAUUAGUCGAGGGGAUUCCAGAGGAAGGCUCCUUCGAGGGAAUUCCUAAGAUCCGUCAUAUUGCAGGAAACUCGGCUGGACCUCGUACUCAAGACAAAGUUGUGAUCGUCACUGGUGCAAAUUCUCCCAAUGGAAUCGGGCGUGCGAGUGCCCAUCAGUAUGCCAAUAAUGGCGCGAAGGCAGUCUACAUUUGCGACUAUGCCGACUCGCAUCUAGCCACACACAAGCGAGAAAUGGAAUCGCUCUAUCCUGGCGUGGAUGUCCACGUGCGACAGUUUGAUGCAGGCGACGAAAAAGCCGUUAUUGCCGUCGUGGACGAUGCGAUCUCGAAGUAUGGCCGACUAGAUAUCUUCUUUGCCAAUGCUGGCAUCGUCGGCCAACCUAAGAUCUUCACUGAAAUUGACGCCGAUGGAUUCAUGCAGACAAUGAAGACGAAUGCUCUAGGUGUCUUCCUGGCUGCCAAACAUGCCGCACCAGCCAUGAAAGUGACUUCCGACAGCAAGCCAUAUCCCGGCGGAUCCAUUAUCCUUACAGCCUCAGUGGCCGGUCUCCGCUCCAAUGCCGGCUCAACCGACUACUCUGCCUCCAAAGCUGCCGUGGUCUCCAUUGCCCAGACCUGCGCCUAUCAACUCACCGGCACAGGCAUUCGCGUCAACGCCAUUUGUCCCGGUCUCAUUGAGACAGGCAUGACACAGUCGGUCUUUGACCAUGCCCGCAAGCGUGGCACUGAACGCAAAAUCGGCCAGCUGAACCCGAUGCAGCGCGGCGCUGUGGCUGACGAGGUUGCGCGGGUGGCGUUGUUCCUGGGAAGUGACGAGAGUAGCUAUGUGAAUGGGCAGGCUUGGGCUGUUUGCGGUGGUUUGAGCGCGGGCCAUCCAGUGGUGCCUGGAAAGCUUGCCUAG